GACGUUGAUUUAAAUUAGUUAAUUAACGACAACUAGCUAAAAGUGCAAAUAUAUUUAUAUAUAUAUAUAUGGGUAUAUAUAGGUGAUGUUGCAGACAAAGAAUCAUAUGACGCUUUCUCUGUUUUGUAAUCGGUACCUGAUUCGAUCACAUUCCAAGAUGGUGCUGAAGAAGAAGGAGAAGGAGAAAGCUUCGAAAAUCGUCAGAAAGACGCAUCGCAAAUCCACUUCUCGGAGGAGGAAGAGGAGUCAUAAGGGUCUAAAACGCCUGGAAGGGGAGACAGCUGCCGUGAAAGCGAGCACGGCUUCUUUGGCAGGAGGCACAGAGAAGGUGCUGCAAGAUCUCGGCGGGAUUCUAACCGAGAUAGAACAGGCGAGGGAGGUGAACAAGCACGUUAUUGGACGGAACUUGCGCACCCACCAGAUGCUCGACCUUAUGCUUGCAAUUCUCAAUGGUCUGGUUCCCUUUUUCUUAACAAUUUAUUUAUGCACUCUGCUUAUGUAUGUGCGCCUGCGUCUGUGUUUGUGUGUGUGUACUUUAUAUUGAACUGGAAAUACUGCAAAUGAGAGACGUGGAAACACGCUCGCGAUCCAUGGCAAGAAGCGCACCCACAAGGUGCUUGAUAUAAUGCCUGUGAGUAUUUCAACGGUUUGAUUCGACUCCUAAACUUUGGUUUCCCCCAUUAAUUUACAUGUCUGUAUAUAUGUCUAUGUUUACAGGCUUAUGGGGUUUUAAAAUUUAAUUUAUAAUUGACAAUAUUCAUCUCUUAUUGCUAGUUAACUGAUACUGUAGCUGUGGAAGGAGAGCAAGUAUUGGCUGAUUAUGAAGUGCAGAAAUAAAUAUAAAGAGGAUGAAUUCAUGCAUGAUGUUGUUACUGUUAUUGUUUUUGUUAUAACAGUAAUGUUUGUGAUGUUACUGACCUACUGUUAUGUUUUUUGUUAUAACAGUAAGUCAGUAAUGAUUGUAAACAUGGUGUCAUGUAAUUCAAUCCUCUGUAUUCUGUUAUCUGUAAUGUAUGUUCUUGUAUUGUAUCUAUGCAUUUGUACUUUGUUUGUUAUAACAGUAAUGUUUGUGAUGUUACUGACUUACUGUUAUGUAUUUUGUUAUAACAGUAAGUCAGUAAUGGUUGUAAACAUGGUGUCAUGUAAUUCAAUCCUCUGUAUUCUGUAAUGUAUGUUCUUCUUGUUUUGUAUCUAUGCAUUUGUACUUCAUAAUAAGUUUUCUUUUCUA